CUCCGGGGCGGGCGGCGGCGGCGGAACCGGGAGGGGCCGGACCGGUAGCGGCGGCGGGGGGCCCGCGGGGCGGCCUCCGUGCUGCCGCAGCCCUGCGCUAUCCAUUGCCACGGCCUGUCGCCUCAGUGGUGUGGCCGGGUGGUUAAUCCCCUGCUUUGCCAGCUGUUGUUACCCGGCUUUCCCUUCCUUCGCCCUUGCUUGCUCUCGCUGAUCUGAGGAAACUAUGUUAAUGAAAAUGAGAGAGGCAGCAAAAUCGCUUGUACUGAAGGCUUUCUGAUGGGACCACUUGGUCUGACAUAGACGAAGUGACCGAGAUCUCUGUGAGCUGACCUUGGUAGUCCAGUUGCAUGGUGGUCCAUUAAGACCAAACCUGAAGGAUGGAGAAACGGAGUAAUGGCCUGGAGAUUUUCUCCCCUUUGUAUGUGAUGGCUGUUCAGGUGUCUUUUGCCUUCAGCACAGGAGCCGGGAUGCUCACGGGUGUUCUGAGAAAAUAUUUUGUACUAAUGCCUAGGUGAAUAUAAGAAACAAUUCUAUGAAACCAGACCAGCACAGAUCUUACCCAUGCUCAUACAAGGACUGCAAUGGAAAGGAGCUUUUGCCAGUUUUAUGUCCCUACUGUGAAAAACAAUUUUGUCUAAGACACCGGCAUCAAUCAGACCAUGAAUGUGAGAGACUGGACACACCAAAACCUCGAAUGGCUGCCACCCAGCAGCUAGUUAAAAAUAUUAUAGAUUCUAAAAAAAGUGAGGAAUCAAAACGCAAAAAAUGUAAAGGAGCAAAGAACAGUGAAACAGCAGCAAAAGUGGCAUUAAUGAAACUGAAAAUGCAUGCAUGUGGGGACAAGUCCUUGCCUCAGACAGAGAGAAUUUACUUUCAAGUAUUUUUACCAAAGGGGAACAAAGAGAAAAGCAAGCCUAUGUUCUUUUGCAGUAAGUGGAGUAUUGGCAAAGUAGUAGAUUUUGCAGCUUCCUUAGCAAGCCUUAAAAAUGACAACAACAAAUCAACAUCCCAGAAACUGAGAUUAUGCCAUACUGCCUCUGGAGAAGCCUUGCCAUUUGAACACACAUUGGAAACAUGGCUAUCUGAUAAAGACUGUCCAUUAUACAAUGGUGGAAAUAUAAUUCUGGAGUAUCUUGAUAAUGAUGUUCUAUUUAUAGAAGAUACAGAGUCGUACUUUAGUUAGUAAAUUAUGACAAAAAAAAAUUUUUUUACAAGUGUGGUAUUCAAACCAAGUCCAGUUUUAUUUUACAAUUACUGGUGUGCCAGAAUCUGUCCUCAGUUGUAGAGACACAGUUCCCAUCAAUUUCUCUGUUGCUUGACUGACAGAACUAUGUCCAGAAAGGAAAACUAGUUAUUAUAACAAUUAAUGUUACAGAUAUUCACUUUCUAGAAUAAAUUCUUGCGUUAUUUAGCUAUAUAAUGUCAGUAAUGUUUUCUUAAACUUUUUUUUUGUGUAAAUGAUGGGAAAAGUAUGUAUUAAUAAAUAAUGAAAAUGUAAA